CAAUCGUCCUCAGUAUUACUUAAUGAUCAAUUGCAGCACCACACGAUUUCACAUAGAGAAGAGACAGAGGGUUGAUCAACAAGCUGUAAGUUAAGUAACCUAAUCAUGGCAGAUGAAGGGACGAGCACGGGGAUUUUGCCUGCGGCGGCGGAGGCCGCGGCGGUAGAGGCGGAGGCGGAGGCUGAGGCGGUGGUGGUGGUCGGGCAGCAGUUCGCCGCCGCGCAAGCCAUGAAUCUCACCAUCACCCGCUACGAUGUGUUGACCUUCAUGGACGUCGACCUUUACAGGGUGGCGGACGCCAACGGAACCAUGGUCUUCAAGGUGAACCGCGUCCUCUUCAACAGCCGCCGGAUCCUCCUCAACGCCGCCGGCAACGUUCUCCUCACCAUCAAACCAGACCGCUCCGACGGAUUUCGGGGAUUCGAACUUCGCGACCCAUGGAAGGUAUACAGAGGAUACAGCAGCAGUCCCAAUGAUCUGCUGUUCACCUUAAAAAGGUGCAGCCUGUUUGAGUGCGACAAGUACAAAGUGAUCUUAGCCCCCAACGAAGCUGCCACGUGUGAUUUUAUGAUAAAUGGAAAUGGAAGGAACGCCAGAUGCACCAUUUCUAUUGGCCAAUCUAAUACCAUCAUCGCCCAAAUGCAAUGCGAAAGGGCAUUUUUGCGACCGAGCAAACCGAUUGUGACCGUGAAUUCUAACGUUGACCACGUCUUCAUUGUCUCGCUAAUAAUCAUCCUUGAAGAGAUUCGUCGUAGUUCUAGAGGCAGAUGAUAGUGUAUAUUUGGGUUGAUUCAUCAUGAUAUAUGUACGAAUCUAGCACAUUUAUAUUUGGGUUGAUUCAUCGUGAUAUAUGUACGAAUCUAGCACAUUAUAAUAAAAAAAUGAUU